CAGAAGGCGGUGAAGUUAAAGUUGUGACGAGAGGUGUGAAAAAUUACAUGAGAAAAAGUUUUCUAAAUUUAUUGCGUAGUAUUUUUGUUUAUUUGUCAUGUGUAACUAAUUGUGUUUUCUUGAAAUUUGCUAAGGGAAAACACGAAGUACUGUUUCAUCUAGUCUUAACCAUCAACAAACAGCUAAUAAUUAUCACUUCUCAGUCCUGGGAAAAAAAAUGGUUGCUUUAAAAGAGAGCUAUUGACACCUGCAUCGUGGGAUACUAAAAUCUCAAAUUCAUUAACAUGGGUCAAAAGGAAAAGUUGCAAGUCUGGUGCAUGAGCUUCUCGUAGUCACACAUAUCACCGACCAUAAUAUUAAUUUCUACCUGUCCACUGCUGCCGCCACUGGUUGAUGGCCGGCUACCUGAAUCACUCCAUCUCGCUCAUGUCCGGUGAUGGUCCCUCAAUUCUGAACGGAUCUGGUGACUCAUCCCGGCUCAACAUGCGCGAAUCUUCACCCCUCCAGAUCUUUGUGAAGGCAAAGAAGAAGAUAAAUGAUAUUUUCAUUGAAAUUGAGGAUUAUGUUAAAGACACAGUCCGAUUUACAAAAGCACUUCAAGAAAAAAAUAGUAUUUUAGAGGCAACUCAAGCUGAACAAGUUGCAGGAUAUGUUCAGAAAGUCCAAGGUAUAAGGGAUGUGUUAACUCGUGACCACAUGAAAGUGGCAUUUUUUGGCAGAACGAGCAAUGGAAAGAGUACAGUUAUAAAUGCUAUGCUGAGGGAGAAGAUUCUUCCUAGUGGCAUAGGGCAUACCACAAAUUGCUUUUUGCAAGUUGAAGGCUCAGAGAAUGGGGAUGCUUACCUGGUUGCUGAAGGGUCAAGUGAAAAGUUGAAUGUCAAGUCUGUCAAACAACUAGCUCAUGCUCUUUGCAAGGAAAAGCUCAAUGAAAGUACUUUAGUUCGUAUAUUUUGGCCGAAAGAAAAAUGCCAAUUACUAAGGGAUGAUGUUGUCCUGGUAGACUCCCCUGGCAUAGACGUAUCACCUAAUCUUGAUGAUUGGAUUGACAAGCAUUGUAUUGAUGCUGAUGUAUUUGUGCUAGUUGCCAACUCUGAAAGUACUCUCAUGGUUACGGAGAAAAGUUUCUUCCACAAAGUGUCCACUCGCUUAUCCAAGCCAAAUAUUUUUAUUUUGAACAAUCGAUGGGAUGCAUCAGCCUCUGAGCCAGAUAUGCUUGACCAGACUCUCAAUGUGACCAAUGAGGUCCGCGCUCAACAUUUGGAAAGAGCAGUGGAAUUUUUGGUGAAGGAAUUAAAAGUUUGUUCCCAAAAAGAGGCACAGGAACGAAUUUUCUUUGUGUCUGCCAAAGAAGUUUUACAAGCCCGAUUGCAUGAGCUGGAUGGUCUACCUGCUCACACUGGUGCAUUGGCUGAUGGUUUCCCAAACCGAUACUUUGAAUUCCAAGAUUUUGAGAGGAAGUUUGAAGAAUGCAUUUCAAAAUCAGCUGUGAAGACAAAGUUUGAUCAACAUUCACAGAGAGGCAAACUCAUAGCAACCGAAAUCCGAAAAAUUAUGUCAGAUAUAUAUGAUGAAGCCCAAAAGUUAAAGGAAGCAAAAUGCAAGGCAAGGAAGGAAAUGCGGGACAAACUGCAUUUCACUGAACAGCAACUGGAUAGAUUAACUCAUGAAAUGAAGGAUAAAAUCCAUGAAAUGGUUGAUGAUGUUGAGCAACGAGUGAGCAAAGCUCUCAGUGAAGAAAUACGACGCUUGUCUACCCUUGUUGAUGAGUUUUGUGUGCCAUUUCACUCUGAGCCUUUGGUGUUGAAUGUCUAUAAGAAAGAACUUCACAGUCAUGUUGAAAAUGGCUUAGGCAGUAAUCUACGCGCCAGACUCUCAACUGCACUGGCCAUGAAUAUAGAAAACAACCAGCGUGAAAUGACAGAGCGCAUGGCAUCAUUGUUACCCCCUGAAAAAACACAAUUGCUUGUUAGUGUGUUGCCUCGUCGAGAACCAUUUGAAAUUCUUUAUCGUCUAAAUUGUGAUAAUUUGUGUGCGGACUUCAAAGAAAAUCUGGAAUUUCGCUUUUCAUGGGGAAUUACUGCUCUUAUCAGCCGAUUCUUGGGCAAAGAUGGUCACAAGGUAGCCCUUGCUAACUACCCCUCUCAUAUUGGCUCUGGACUUAUGUCACCAAAUGAUUCUGUAGACAGUAACAUGGUGGCUUAUGGCUCUGGUAGUUCCUCCAUAUCUCGUAUUGAUGAUUGGUCUAUUCCAUCAAGGAUUGCCCUUGCCUCAAUUGGCUCACAGGGAACAAUGGGAGGGCUAGUUAUUGCUGGAUUUAUGCUAAAAACCGUAGGGUGGCGAGUAAUUGUGGUUACGGGUGCUGUGUAUGGUUGCCUCUAUCUCUAUGAGCGCAUGACAUGGACCAAUAAAGCCAAGGAGCGUAAUUUCAAACGCCAAUAUGUGGAGCAUGCCACCCGUAAACUUAGGCUAAUUGUUGAUUUGACAUCUGCCAACUGCAGUCAUCAGGUUCAACAGGAACUGUCAAGCACAUUUGCUCGUUUGUGCCACUUGGUUGAUGAAACAAGUAAAGACAUGGAUAUAGAGCUGAAAAAGUUGGACUCAGAAGUUCUUACUUUAGAAGAGGCUGCCAGCUCUGCUAAAGUAUUACGAAACAAAGCAAAUUAUGUCACAAAUGAAUUAGAAAUGUUUGAUGAUAUGUACCUCAAAACGGACAAUUAACUGUACUUCAAAUGCUGUCUUGAAACCACUGAUUAAUCAAUCAUUUUGUAGUAGUUCAAUUUAGUGAUAUGUAACAUGAAGGAAAUUGAAACAAUUAACUUUUGUCAGCACCCCAUGCCUCUUCUCUACCAUUCUUUUUGAUCUACUUUUUUUCUCCUUUUGUUUUAAGUUGUUAGCUGUUGAUAAAAUGUAAUCAAUUUAAUACCCCAUGCCUUUUGUUUGGGAUUGUGACCUACUGUGCCCCUUAGAUUUUAGAACCUAUUGUCAAUAGGGAUUAUUGUUUUCUGUGAUGUUUUAGGAUUUAGCUUGAUUUUUUUUUUCUGGAAAGAACAUACCCUGUUGCUUUUCUUCUCAUUGGCCUCUAUAUGAACUGCAUUAUUUUAUUGAUUUAAACAGUUAUUGUGUCUAUGAUUAAUCUAUAUUUCUGUCCUUUUGCAAUUAAGAGUUGGUAGAGAGCAGAUUACUCCUCUUUUGAAAUGUCCCCUAUCAAAUUCUCCAUGUUAAAUUUGAUUGAAUACAGCUCAUGGCUGACCUUAGUGUUUCAUCUCAUGUUGAAGAUAAAGUGAUUGAGUGGUUUUUAGUACCUUCAUGGACAUGUUAAAGUAGUCACUAUUGUUUAUCAUGUUCGUUUUUGUUUUGUAUUAUGAGAUAUGAUAAUUAAACUUGUUAUGUGACAAUUUGAACAAGA